GCUAGCCACACCCAUGUGAACAGCCUGGUGGCCACCCUCUGUCUGAAAGUGUCACAGUUUGACAGUGUGGUGUGAGUGUGUAGGCACCAUGAUGAGGAAGACAGAUCCAGUGGAGACAAAGAUUGACCUGGGAGACACUGAUGAUGAAGACCUUGAUGCAGACCUGUAUGAGGACCAUGAGGAGCCUCAGCUGCUAUGGAAGGCUGAACUGGGGGACAGGAUGGAUGAGGUGGAAGCUGUGUCCCCGUUAGUGGAUCUUAGUGACACCAAGCCCCUCCUGAAUGAGAGAGACCCUCGAGGAGUCAACGAGUGUUUGAAGGUGAGCUUUGAGGAUGUGAUAGCAGAGCCGGCGUCAGUACGUAGCGGAGACAAAGUGUGGAUCUGGAGCAACGCCCUGUUCGAGGUCACCAGGGUCUGGAUCUACCGCAUAGUGACCGUCCUGCUGGCCGUCCCUGUGUCCAUCAUCACUGGACUGAUCUUCGCCAUCCUCAGCUUCCUACACAUAUGGUUCAUUAGCCCAUUCGUGCAUCAUAUCCUUAUAAUCACAUACUGGCUGCAGAGCCUAUGGAGCAUCGUACUGGACAUUGGUGUCCGCCUACUCCUCACUAGUGCAGCAAGGUGCUACGAUGGAAUCAGACUUCGCCUGACUCAGGAAUGACAGAAUAUUGGACCUUCACACAAAAUCAGGAUUUGGAAAAUGGGAUUGUUCCCAAUGUUACCCUACUAUGGAAUGUCCUCUUGGGAGACUAUCAGGCCUGGGCAAAGUAUUUGUAGGAUGCUCUAGGAUCAGACCAGGGGCACAACUACAGGCUUUUUGGUGGAUCAUGGGAUCUUACAACUGAACUGAGAUCAGUGUGAUUGAUCAAGACUGGAUACUUUAUUUAAACAAUCUCCAACAAGGUGAUUGGUUACUUAUCUAAGAUGUCGUCAGAAGUGAAGGUGAAAAGGGGAAUGUGUAAAAGAUUCACACUCAUUUAGGGUAAUGAUGUAUCUGGUAUGCACUUGAACUGUGCUUUGAGUUGUCCUUUUCUCAUGUGAUAGUGUCAGAUGAUUCCCAUGUUUGAGGAGCACAUUCAGUAUUAUUCAGACAGCACUGGUGUAUAGUGUUAUUUCAAUAAAACCUGACCACACAGUUCAAAAUGUGCCUCCACAAUUUUUUGUGGUAUAGUAGAACAUUAAAGUUUACUAUAGCUGUACUUUUAUCAUAUAUAUUCUGAUGAAAAUUGGAUUGUACGAUAUCUAAAAUAAAGUGUUAAAGAUUUUGAUCAA